AUGAAAGCUAGUAGGCAAAAGAGUUAUGCAGAUUUGAAAAGGAAGCCCCUAGAAUUUGAAGAGGGCAACAAGGUAUUCUUGAAGGUAGCUCCAAUGAAAGGAAUUAUGAGAUUUGGGAAGAAAGGAAAGUUGAGUCCAAGGUAUGUAGGACCCUUUGAGAUUCUUGAAAGGGUUGGACCUGUGGCAUACAGACUUGCUUUGCCACCUGAGUUUUCCAAUGUCCAUGUUGAAGAUCUACCUUAUGUGGAAGAACCAUUGGAGAUUCUUGAUCGGAAGGAUAAAGUUCCACGGAAUCGAGCCAUCCCAUUGGUGAAAGUCCUUUGGAGGAAUCAUUCAAGCCAAGAAGCAUCAUGGGAGCUUGAGUCCGAUAUGCGAGCAAAGUUUUCCUAA